UCAGAUUUUGUAAUUGAUUCAAUUUGUUUUGUUUAGGGAUUGUCAAAGGUCAAAAAUCCUAUCUGAAUUUUAUAGGAUUUUACUCUGUUUUAAAGGUUAGGGUCUAGUUUUUUGAACCCUAAUAAAGUUUUGGGUCUAAACUCAUAUAAAAUUUAAGGAUCUAGGUUUGAGUCUUGAAAAUUUAAAGGACUUAAGGGUCUAGAAUAAGGUCUAAAUUUAGAUACUUAAAUUUGUUUAAAAUAUAUUUUUUUAAGGAUAUGAGUUCGAAUCUGGACCAAACCUAGACCCUAAGGAUUAGGGACUUAAGUGUAGUUCUAUCGUUUAGUGCCUUAAGAUUAAGGGUUCGGGUCCAAACUUGAACUUAAAAUUAAGGUCCGGAUAAGAGUUCGGAUCAUCAAAUUAGAGUUUGGAUCUAGACCCGAACGAACUUAUGAAAUAUUAUAUAGUUUAUAAAGUCUAUUAAUAGCCCUAAAAUUGAAGUUCAAAAAUAUUAUUACAUUUGUUUAUUUUCCUCAUUUCAAAUCAAUAUUUUCAUGUAAAAAAUGUUUACUUUUCAUCUAAGAAGCUCUAGUGUUACACACAAAAGACAAACUUCCUUUGUUCUCUAAUAUUUUUUUCAAUUAGAAUAUUUCAUAUAAAGGAGAAAUUUAACUUGGGUUUUUAAGACAUGUAAAAGAUAUAGUGUAUCUAUGUGAGAUCUCGUUAGAUUAAUUUUAAUGAAUACUUUUUUAUUAUAAUUUAUUAGUGUGUAUUUAGAGAUAUUAAGAUAAAUAAAAUUUUAUUUGAAAAUUCUGCAAAAAGUAGACAGAAAGAAAAAAAAAUAAAACAAAUAUAAGUAAUCCACUUAUUAUACAAUUUCAAAUUUUCAACCAAUAAUAACCAUUACCUAUUUCAAACAAUAACAACUUUAAUGAAAUCUUAUUUCUUAUUAUUACUCUCAUUACCAAUUUAAUGCAGCUAAUUAUUAUACAUUGCCUAAUCAUAUGGAGAAAAUAUAGAGAAUUUGGUGUCUCCCCUAUUUUUGGCAAUAACCAAAAUCUACAUAUAUAUAUCAAUGGUAGGGAUAAUAUUAAGGCUUACGAAUCGAGAUUAUUAGAUUUUUCUCUAACAAAAAAAGAAAAUGCUUAAGAUAUAUUUAGGUUAAUUAUUCUACACCCUUAUAUAUAUAGCCUGUUAAAUCCCAUUAUCCAACAAAAAAUUAAAAUAUAUCUCAAAUAUUAGUAAGAAAAUUUUAGAAAACAAAAUGAAGAUUUUCUCUUUUUCAACUUUGCUUCUCAUUUCCCUCGUCCUAACUUUUGUUGUUCUUGAGAAUGCUGAAGCUGGACCUGCUAUAGAUUGUAAGAGCAAGUGUGACCGGAGAUGCUCUAGGAAUCCAAGGAACUUAUGCAAGAAAUUGUGCAAUAUGUGUUGCUCAAAGUGCAAUUGUGUACCUUCUGGCCCCUUGGCUGACAAAGCUGAGUGCCCUUGUUAUAGGGACUGGAAGAACAAGAAGGGUCAGGAUAAAUGCCCUUAAUUAUUCUACUUGGCUCAACCACCCUUGUAAAUUUGGUCAUUUUAAGUACUUUGUCAAGGUCAUGUCAUUACAUUUUGUUUAAUACUUUUUAUUUGCUUUUUUUUUUUUUUUUGUCAAAAUGUGACAUUUUCCUUUUCAAAAUGUUAAUCAAUACAUGAAAUAGACAAAUAA